GCCAUGCCAUGCCAUGCCAUGCCAUGGGCGAAUGGUGCGCUCGGAUACUGAAGAAGCGACUGCCUUGUGCAGGCCGGCCUACGGAAGCGCAGUGCGGCUGUGGACGACCGUUGGGCCGGCAAUCCGUUCGUCUGCCGACAUCGACAAGUUCCCGCCCAAACCAUGACUCUGGUGUGCUGCCUGGAUGGCGCCUUGAUUCAGCGUCGACGCAUGUGGCUCGAUGGUUCGGCCGCCGGGCGGCUCGACCCUCGCCAGCGGACCGAGUCCUCUUUGCUGGAAGCCAUAGAGUCAUCGCUCACUCCCGAGAGGAGCCAGGCCUGUCUGGUCCGAAUUGCCCGUUUCGCGCACCCACUCUUGCGAGUCGCCCAUCGUUCGUCGCCCGAUAUGCGGUCUGCCUCGCUCAGCCGGAGAAAGACGUCGCCCAAGCCGGCCGCAGGUGUCCGGUUAGAUCGAUACCAGCUGGGGGAUUGUGUGGGAAAAGGUGCCUUUGGCGUCGUCCAUAGCGCACUCAAUGUUGAGACCGGCGAGGUCGUCGCCAUCAAGCAACUGAAGCUCAAUGCUCUCUCAAAGCACGAGCUGGCUUUGAUCAUGAUGGAAAUUGAUCUUCUCAAAGAGCUGCAACAUCCAAAAAUCGUGCGAUAUAUCGGAUUCUUCAAAACAAAAGAACAUCUCAACAUCAUCAUGGAGUACUGCGAAAAUGGCUCACUCCAACACAUCGGCAAGACUUUUGGAGAGUUCCCAGAGCCAUUGGUUGCGAUCUAUGUCGCCCAGGUGCUGGAGGGCUUGAUCUAUCUGCACGAUCAAGGCGUCAUUCAUCGAGACAUCAAAGGAGCGAACAUCUUGACAACCAAGGACGGUUUCGUCAAGUUGGCUGAUUUUGGCGUGGCCACAAAACUCUCUGACAUCAACGACAAGCACGUUGUGGGAUCUCCUUAUUGGAUGGCGCCAGAGGUGAUCGAACUCUCUGGAGCGACAACAGCAUCGGACAUUUGGAGCGUUGGGUGCACAACCAUCGAACUGCUGCAGGGCAAGCCGCCGUACCAUGAGCUCGCACCAAUGUCUGCGCUGUUUCGAAUUGUGCAAGACGAACAUCCGCCGCUGCCUGAAAAUGCUUCGCCGCUUGCCAAGGAUUUUUUGCUCCACUGUUUCCAGAAGGACUGUAACCUGCGUGUGACAGCCAAGAAGCUCUCCAAGCACCCAUGGGUGCAAGCAGUCAAGCAGAAGAAAGUCAGCUCGCCAUCAAGAGGUGCCCCGACUGGCACUCUACUGACACCGAUCGUCGCCUCGCUUGAAAAUCUUGUGCCUGAGUCGGUUGGCGCCGAGGCAUCCUUGCCAGUCCAGAUCAUUGAAGCCAAUCCACAGGACAUCCAGCCAAUCGAUUCCAAGUCUCCUGAACGGCUCGCGAGAGCACAAGCUGUACCGAAAAUCGAUCUGUCGCAAAAAUCGACAACAUCCCCGCCUUCGUCGCGGUCAACACCUCUUGCAGAGUCUCAAGGAAAGCUCCUUCAUCGCCCUAGCACCGCUUCUGCACAGUUUACAACACUUCCAGCCGAAUCUCCGAAAUCAGAGAAGCCGGGCUCCUGCUCGACGAGUGUGGCGGCAGCAAGUGCCAAGAAGAUGGUCAAAGAGGAAACUGAGAGCUGGGACGAUGAUUUUGAUUUUGAAGAAGCCAAGAAGGUUUCCGAGUUGCAGGAUAAGGACCAUUCGCUUCCGAGGCGGCUCCAAGCCCAAACAAAAUCGAAAAAGUCAACUGGAGGACAAAUCCAUAAAGCGUCGCUAUCAGCUCCGCCGCUUGCGUCUCCCCUCUUGCCUGGUGCCAAACCCGUUCCAAAGGCAUUGGAUAUAUCGUUUGAGAGCUGGGACGACGACUUUGAGUUCCAGGAUCUGAAGCUUGCCCCGAAAUCCGAGUCACCAGUCCAGCCCACAGACAAAAUGCAGAAUGCCAAACCUCUGGCCACCACCAGUGAUCCGAAGACAGUCAAGGACGCCCAGCGCGCCAUAAAUACGUCCGUCGAGAAAUACGCCGAGAACGCCUUGUUCGAAGAUUAUGGUGAUUUUCUCCACGACUCAGACAUGGAGCUUUCCAAGAAAAUCCAAAGCCACAAGCUCGACUUCGAGUCAAAUAAUGAUGAUAAAAACGAUGACAGCGGAAACGAGUCGGAUCCAUUCUCAGAGAUUGAGGAGUCAUCGUUUUACAACGAGCAUCAUACCAAGAUAUCAGUGUCUAUCAUGGAGGAGUUUUCAAGAAUCCGCUUUGGGAUCCCUGAGUCCGUGCUCAUACAGCACUGUGAUAACCUGCUGAAUAUGCUUAUAGCGGCCGGACCAGUCGCUGUGUCGCGGAUCGUCACAUACCACUGUGUUAUACCGUUGAUCGAGCUGCUGGAAACGCAAAUAUCAUCCCCGUUGGCAUGUCGACUGCUCAGCCUCAUCAACACGGUCGUCGUUGCAAACAUGCAAGUCCAGGAAAACAUCUGCCUCUUGGGGAGCCUGUCAGUCAUCUUCCAGUACACGCUCAACAAACAUCCAUCCAAAGUGCGCCUUGAGGCGGGCCUGUUUGUCUUGAAGCUCUGCCGGACGAGUCCCUUGACUCUUCAGAUGUUCAUUUCCUGUCGAGGACUGCCAAUCCUGACUCAGCUUCUCGAAGACAACUAUCAAGCCGAGCACGAGCUUGUUUGGAUUGCAAUCGACGCCAUGGAAGGCGUGUUUGAGCUCCAGGGAUCGACGCCCAAGAACUACUUUUGCGAAAUCCUCUCCAAAAAUGGCGUUCUCAAAAAGCUGACUACGUCGUUGCUAUGGAUCAUGGCAGAUCCUGAUGUCCGUGCUUCGUCGUUUAUCAAGAAAGUGGCGGGGCUCCUGCUACUCUUUUCGCAAGCGGACUCGACGAUCAAGGAGAAGCUUGGGCGACGCGAGUGUCUGAAAGACCUCGCUCGGGCGCUGCCGCACCUGUCUCCCAGCCUUCAGGUGGUUGUGCUCAAAUGCAUCAAGAAUGUGUCGAUGCAAUCGAGCACCCUCGAUGCGCUCCAGAGCGUCGAAAUGAUCCAGCUCAUCAGCUCGAUGCUGUCUCAGAAGGGCUCUCCAUGCUAUAUGGAAGUGCAAAACCAGGCGGUGACGAUCCUCUUCAAUCUCUGUCGCCUGAGCAAGGAGCGGCAGGAGCUUACGGCACUCGCGGGUCUAAUCCCGCAGCUACAGAGCUUUGUGGCGAGCAAGAGCCCACUCCGCCAGUUUGCGCUACCAAUUCUCUGUGAUCUCACGCACGGCGCCAACGUCGUCGUUCGGAACAUCCUGUGGGAAUCCAGCGGAGUCUACUCGUACAUGGAGCUCCUUACGGACCCGUACUGGAGUGCCAACAGCCUCGAAGCCCUGGGCGCUUGGAUAUGCGACGACCUGACAAGGAUCGAGGAUGUUCUGGUCGCCCCCAGCGGGGUGAGCGCAUUGGCGACAGGGUUCGUGCUAGCUUCGAAGAACAGCACCACCCAGUUUUCAAACUUCCUCGGGCCUUUCCAAAAGCUGUUGAUGGUAUCACGCCGGAUAUGUCAAGAGAUCCUGUUGAGCUCGCCGUUCAGGGACAAGAUGCUGGACAGGCUUGAGCAUCCGAAGGUCAUGAUCCGACUCUCAGUUCUGAAGAUUGUAUCGACCCUCGUAGAGAAUCUACUGUCGGCGCCUCUGACCGAAGGAGGCGCUGCAGCCGAAGCCCGUCCCAGCGGCUCGCGACUCAAGCGCCUGGGACAGCAUGACCCCGCGGUGCUUGUGAGAGAACUGGCCAAGAAAGUGCUUGUGAUGCUCAGGAUCGACAGCGAGUAG